UCCUCUAACAUUGAGUGUGGAGAUAGUAAUUAGGUUCUUUAGAUGUGUAGGAGGAGUUUGGGUUGACGAAGUAGUGGUACUGUUUGAUUGGGUGUGGGGAAGAGUAUUUGGAGUUGUAAUGGAAGAUAAAUUAAGUGGUGUGUUAA